AAAAUUUUUAUCAAGUUUUACUUAAAUUUUUCCAAAAUUUCUAUUUCUUAAAAAUAUGGAGUUCAUCUAUUCAUUUAUUUCUGAUGGUAUGGAUAAAAGACCAGCAUAUGGAUUUAGUCAAAGACUUCGAGCGGCAGUAGAAAAGCCAAAUUGUAAUCCGUCUCCAUUGGAUUACCUUCCACAAACUUCUUCGAUAAGUAAAUCGAAAGGUUUUUCUUUUGGUCUUCGACCUAGAACAAAUUAUGUGAGUGAUGAAUAUUAUCCAUCGCCAAUUGAUUACCUCCCGAAAGAUUCAUCAAUAAGUAAAACAAAAGGAUUUACAUUUGGUCAUCGACCACGAACAAACUAUGCGAAAAAUCGUGAUUUUCCAUCUCCAGCACAAUAUUAUGUUACAGAAGAAAUUGCAGUUCCACGUCCUAGAAAUCUAACAGGCUAUACAUAUGGCAUGAAAACAUGGUACAAUUAUUCAUCACCGAGAAAAGAUUAUGGUAGAGAAGAAUCAGAAAGAAAUAAUACGAUGACGCCAACUUCAUCUCAUUUAAUCAAAAAAGUUAAAAAUAGACCAGGAUAUAAGUUUGGAACUGAAAAAAGGAGUAGAGCAUUUAAGCCUUCAAAUUGGAAUCCAGGGCCAGGCGAGUAUAAUGUAGCAAAAAGUGAUUUUAUGAAAGCAGACUCGUACUAUAACAAUAAAGGUUUUUUAUUUGGUUUACGGUUUCCAACGUUAAUCAGCUAAAUUUUAAUCUGUGCGUGUAAAAUUCUUAAUUAUUUGUAAGGCAGUUUUUUCAUCAAUGAAUAUUUUUUCUUCUCUAAUUUGAACCAUCAUUGGUAGCGUGUAACGCAUGCUGUAAAUAAGAUCUUAAAGGUAUGUAAAUAUUUAAC